AUGUCGUUUCUUUGCGACCGCGACGCGCCCAGUUCGCAGGCCACCAUAUCCUUUGUCGGCACGACGGACUCGUGCACAUACUUCUUUGAGGUUAGAAGCCCUGCGGCUUGCGGUGGCGUGCCGCCAGCUACAGGAGGUCUGGGGCCAGCUGGUGUUUUUGGCUUGAUCGUCUUGAUCGCCGUUGCGGUCUACAUCAUUGGAGGCUGUGCGUAUCAGCGGACGGUGAUGCACCAGCGAGGAUGGAGACAAUGUCCCAACUACAGCCUGUGGGCGGGAAUUUUCAGCUUCAUUAGCGACUUUGUCAUUAUCAUCUUUUCCUCGCUGACCCGCUGCUUCACUUGGAAACGCGCCUCGAUCGGCGGCUACGCUGGUGUCAGUAGCCAACGAGGCGGGGGCCUGAUCGGCGCCAUCGGAGGCCGGGGCAGAGCAGACCUUCGAGGCAGCCGGCCCGAUGUGGACGCAGAAAACCGGCUGAUAGAUCAACUAGACGAGGAGUGGGAGGAUUGA